AUGCGAUCAUCAGUUCUUCGAAUAGCCAAAGCCUCCCGUGGCAUUCAGGCAAGAAGUUAUUCAACCACUCCCGAAACAACUACCCGGCCAAUUCGGCACUUCUUGUCAAUCGGUGACCUAACACCCGUUGAACUGGUGAGGUUGGUGAAAGGUGCGGCUUACUAUCAAAGAAUCCUUAAAGGCGGAUCCAAUCUCGAACCCUUUCUAAAGGGGAAGACGGUAGCAAUGUUGUUCAACAAACUGAGCACUCGUACCCGGGUUUCAACAGAAGCCGCUGUUGCUCGCAUGGGAGGUCAUCCUAUGUUUCUUGGGAAAAACGAUAUUCAAUUGGGAGUAAAUGAGACGUUACUAGACACCACUAAGGUUAUCUCAUCCAUGACGUCCUGUAUAGUGGCUCGCGUUGGCCCUCAUAGUGAUAUUCUGGAGUUAGCGAAACAUUCGAGUGUCCCCGUCAUCAAUGCACUGUCCAAUGAUUUCCACCCACUUCAAAUUAUCGCUGAUCUUCUCACGAUCCACCAGGCCGCCCCCAGCUUUAGCAGAACAGGUUCUAUAAGUUUCCAAGGGUUGAAGUUGGCUUGGGUGGGAGAUGCAAACAAUGUUUUGUUCGACUUAAUCAUUGCUUGUGUGAAACUAGGCAUGAAAAUCUCUGUCGCUACACCUCCCGGUUACGAGAUCCCUCAGAACAUGCUGGAUCACAUCGCGACCCAUGGUGAUUCUUCCACACUCUUGGAGCAGACUCAUUCUCCGGAGGAGGCUGUUAAGGAUGCCGAUUUCAUAUUCACCGACACCUGGAUAUCUAUGGGCCAGGAAGAGGAGACCCAAAAGCGACUAGAAGCUUUCGCCGGUUUCCAGGUUACCAACGAAUUGGCUGAACGAGGCGGAGCAAAACCGGACUGGAAGUUUAUGCACUGCUUGCCUCGUCACGCGGAGGAAGUCAGUGACGAAGUCUUCUAUUCCCCACGAUCCCUCGUUUUCCCCGAGGCGGAAAAUAGGCUAUACGCUGCUCUUGUGGCCAUCAAGAGUUUUGUUACGGAUGAGGGGGUUAUAGAUAGAAUACCAAUACGAAGAGUAUCAAAAAAGUGA